AUGACCAGACCUGCCUUCAUUGAUAUCGAAGCUUUCGCCCCACCGUGGUGUGCCCCACAGCAGCAGGCCUUGCGCCAGGCCACUGAGCGCUCACGCUCCGUCGGUCAUGCGCCACGGCGCUUGACGGUGAAUCUGGACCUCGCGCCGCAGGAGAGGCGCGGCGAGCUUGGGACCUACAGCGAUCGCUUCGAGAGUCCGCGGGACGUUUGGGGCUUCGGGGAAGCCUCAUGGAUUCUGUGGGCAGAAGAGAAAGAAGAGAGUGCUUACUACCACGACUAUGCCGAAGAGAUGCAGAGCUUGGCGUCCGCCUUGAACCUCUCCCUGGGCGAAGUUGUGGCUGGGCGAGAAGCGGAGAUGAGGAACACCACCGGGCCCUGUCCGAGUGGCCCCGGCCUUUGCUCAGCCCUCGUGGCCGAGUCAGCGGACGCAGUUUGGCAAGGUCGGAACCUGGACUGGGACUUGGACAAGAGCUUGUUGCCCUUUGUGGUGGAGGUCGAUUACAUCUCCCAGAAUCAGACCCGCUUCCGUGGGGUUCAGGUGCUGGGCAUGAUCGGCGUUUUGCACGGCAUGGCCCCUGAGCGUUUCUCGGUGCAGAUCAAUGCGCGUGACCGUGGAGGCAGCGCUGUGGCGAACCUUCUGGAGGAGCUUCUCCUGGGUGGCAAGACCCCCACACACGUGAUCCGGAAAGCGCUGGAGACGCCCAACGACUAUAGCGCUGCGAGGCGCGCGAAAAGGCGGGCAUCGCUGGGCGGACCCAGAACAAAGACACAUGGGACAAAACAACGGGAAAAAACACCUCAUCCCAACUCACCGCGCAGAUUGGCCACCAUCAAUAGAUCGUCAAAUGGUCAAAUCACACCCCAAAAGUAUCCCAAAAUGGCGAGAAGAACCACCCCGAAAACGAAACGAAACUCGAAGUCUAACCGCUGCAGGCAGCCAGGGUGGUUUCGUUUUCAGACGAACUAUGAUUCAUGGAAGGCGGUGCCGCGCUACGACGAUCGGCGGGGCCCCGGGGUCCGCUUCAGCGAGGGGCUGCAGGGCUCACACGGGGUGAACGAGACGUCGGUGAUGAGUGUGAUGACCCGUUGGCCAGUGAAGAAUCACCACACGGACAUCACCUCUGUGAUGUGUGCCAAGAAAAACCAGAUGAAGACGCUGGUUUGGGACCCAAUUCAUGAUGUCCCAGUCGGACUCGUGAUCUAG